CGGAACAUGAGUGGACGGGCCCGCGUGAGAGCGCGAGGCAUCGCCCGCAGCCCCAGCGCCUUGGAAGUAGGGCGCGCUCAGGCCUCGCCAUCGGUGUGUAGAAAUGCUUCGAUGACUUUUUUUCACUGUUGCCUUCCGUUAUCUCCAGUCACAGAAUUGUCAAGUGGAACUCAGAGAGGCGAGACUGUGAAGAUUACUAUCACUCUGAUGAGGGAGCUGCCGUCAAGUUCCCCGGUGUGCAUCCAGGUUUUCAACAUCAUUUUCAAAAAGAUCUUAAAAAAGUUAUCCAUGUACCAAAUAGGACGGAAUUACUAUAAUCCUUCAGAGCCAGUGGAAAUUCCCCAGCACAAGAAAAUUGUGCAGAAGAAGCCAGGAACACUAAAGAAACAGAAAAACCAGUCCCUGAAUAAUUCGGUAACUUACAAUUAUAUCUCUGAUGAUUAAAACCUUUUAUAAAAUAAGCACUUUAAUGAUUCAAAACUCAAAUCUAUCAACAGAAACAAGGAUGCACGUUUUGAGCUGGAGACCUGGGGGCUGCGUUUUGGAUGCCAGCUGUCUCUGACUGGCCGCAUUGUGCCUUUAGAAAAAAUAUUAAUGCGAGACCAAGUAUGUCAACCGGUGUCUGCUGCUGAUUGGUCCAAGGAUGUGCAAACUUGCAAGAUUUUAAGUGCACCGUCUUUGACUAAAUGGUUGAUUGUAUGUAGUAACAGAGCUGAAAAUGUGAACGAGAGCUUUCUGAAUUGCUUGAGAAGAGUUGGAAGUUCCAUGGGAUUUGAUGUGGACUACCCCAAAAUCAUAAAAGUACAAGAAAAUCCAGCUGCAUUUCUUAGAGCUAUCCAGCAACAUGUUGAUCCUGAUGUUCAGCUGGUGAUGUGUAUUCUGUCUUCUAAUCAGAAGAGCUACUAUGAUUCCAUUAAAAAGUACUUGAGCUCAGACUGCCCAGUGCCGAGCCAGUGUGUGCUUACUCGGACUCUGAAUAAACAGGGAAUGAUGAUGAGUGUCGCCGCCAAGAUUGCCAUGCAGAUGACCUGUAAACUCGGAGGCGAGCUGUGGGCUGUGGAGAUACCUUUAAAGUCCCUGAUGGUGGUCGGUAUUGACAUCUGUAAAGAUGCCCUGAACAAGGAAAUGACAGUGGUUGGAUUUGUGGCCAGCAUUAACCCCAGAAUUACCAGGUGGUAUUCCCGCUGUAUCCUUCAGAGAACAACAACUGAUGUUGCAGAUUGCUUAAAAGUUUUCAUGAUCGGAGCACUCAACAAAUGGUACAAGUACAACCAUGGUUUGCCGGCACGGAUAAUUGUGUACCGUGAUGGUGUGGGGGAUGGUCAGCUAAAAACACUUAUUGAAUAUGAAGUUCCACAGCUGCUGAGCAGUGUGGCAGAAUCCAGCUCAAAAACCAGCUCCAAACUGUCAGUGAUUGUGGUGAGGAAGAAGUGCAUGCCACGAUUCUUUACGGAAAUGAACCAUACUUUGCAGAACCCACCACUUGGCACUGUCGUGGAUUCAGAAGCAACCCGUCCUGAUUGGUAUGACUUUUACUUGAUCAGCCAGGUGGCCCAUCAGGGGACUGUUAAUCCCACCUACUAUAAUGUCAUUUAUGAUGACAACGGCUUGAAGCCAGACCACAUGCAGAGACUUACAUUCAAACUGUGCCACCUGUACUACAAUUGGUCGGGCUUAAUCCGUAUCCCAGCACCUUGCCAGUAUGCACACAAGCUGACCUUUCUGGUGGCACAAAGCAUUCACAAAGAACCAAGUUUGGAAUUAGCCAAUUCUCUCUUCUACUUGUGAUGGGAAGAACCAUCAGUAUCCCUAGAUGAAGAAGCCAAGGAGUAGUAGGGAUAGUUUGUACAAAUCUGCUGUAAGCUCAAGGCUGUGACUGGGGCAAGGGGAUUGAGUGUUUUAAUUUCUGGGGAAAAAAAAAAUCCGAUAGGGUUCAAAAGAAAUGUGUGUUGUUUUAUUUUAAAGACGUUUAUGCUUGGUGUAAAUUCUCAUUGUGGUAUACGGAAUAAAAAUAUACCAUCACCUGUAAAGAAUUCCACAAAGCUAAACAUCUUAAAAGAAAAUACGUGUGUUUGGAUGGUAGAUAAAUGGGAUCCAAUUCCUAUCCUAAAUUUUGCAGGUGUUUUCGGAAACAGGUAAUGUUGUAGAGCAUU